UUGUGGCUCCACCCCUUCAGGCCGUCGUCAUGGCUGCGAUGAUGGUGAUGGUGAUGAUGAUGCCAGAGGUCAACGCCAUGCCGAAGACCUCAAAAGCCCACAGGAAGUCCUCUGAUGGCGCGCCCCCAGAAACAGUCCCCCUGAAACUGGACUCCAACACUUUGGUUCUCAGCGGAAACAUCCGUGUUCUGGCCAACGACUCCAUCUCCCCAUGGACAUACAACGUCUCCAGUGACGACUCUCUCUUCCCUCCGGUUCUGUCCGAGGCUCGUUGUUUGCUGAAGGGCUGCCUGGACCGUCACGGCCAGGAGGACCAGAACCUGGAGUCACGACCCAUAAUGCACCAGGUGAUGAUGCUGCGCCGCAUCAGGUCGACAGGGGCGGAGCCUAGCUACCAUUACCGACUGGAGUUUCGCCGCGUCGCCGUCGGCUGCACCUGUGUCCGGCCCGCUGUCGUAGAGCAGCAAUGAAGAGCCAACGAUUAGCAUCAGUUAGCAUCAGCUAGCAUCAAUUAGCUUCUACUGACACCAGAAAAAUAAUCAGCAGUAAAUAAAUUCAUCCUGAUGAGUCCAAAUCAUAAUAAUAUUUACAGAAAUAUUUGAAUUUAUUAAAUCAGAUUGAACCAGAAUUAAAAAGACAGAAACUGUUUCUACCAAACAGAAAACCUAAAAACAGUCAAAUAUUUAAACUUCUUUUUAAAUCACACGUAGCUCAUAAUUUACACAUUAGCUAUUAACAGAUUACUGUCUAACCAACUUUGCUUCGGUUUGUUUUCAUGUGUCGCCUACAUGCUGCUCACUGCUGAACCUGUUUAU